UUGAUCCAGCAGAAUGUCUAUUAGAACUGAUGAGCUUACAAAAAAUGCAAUACAAGUGCGACAGGAUUGAUUAUCACAUGCGGUACUGUUCUGGGCUUGCCUGAUGGAGACAAACUUGAAGGUAGCAGUUUACAAUUUCCCAUCUAAUGUCUCUGAAUGGGAAGCUGCCACUGGAAUCCCUUUAAAAAGGGGGUUGCACUUUUCUUACAAGAGUGUGCUGCAUUCAUUCAUCCCGGGUGAGCUAGGGAGAAGAUUUGUCGUUGUGGAAACCUGUUGUCAUGGUAGUAAGUAGCAACACGACUGUCGACCCCCCCAGUUUUGUGUGGGCCUCUUUCUCAGCAGACCGUUAAUCAUGAGAAAGACACUGAUGCAGGCAAGGAGCUGACAGCUGAGUUGCAGGUACGUUGCUGAUUAUUUGUUAAGUCUUUGGAAGUAGAACAUUUAUGCAACUAAAUCGAAAGCCCCUUUGGAACGGGCAUGUUUGCCUACAAAAGAGCCAACGCUGGAAAUUCCAGCGAUUCCAGCACUGGCUCUUCUGGGUCUGAGCUGGUGGUUUGUUGGUUUUCAACUGGUGUUGCUGGUUCAAAAACAAACCAUCAAUCUGAAAUCCCCCUUUGCUGUAAAGUCAAGAGAUCAUUGUCUACAUCAAAGGCUCUCAAGGACUUAUGUUUGGGGAAUCCCUUUUUAAAACCAAUUUUGAAAGGGGACCCAAACAGGUUGAGUAUGUAUGCUUAUAUGUAUCACAAGACCUGUCCCUUUCCACAACAGUGAAAGAACAUGUUUCUGUGUAUUAAAUAUGUAUGUCCAGAGAAACCACUUGACCACAGAAAUGAGUUCUCCCUAGUAGGGGAAAAUGGUAUGCUAACAAGAGAAGAGCCUUGAUGGGCCGAAUGGCCUUUUCUCAUUCUCAAACUUUUCUUUUGUUCUUAUGUUCUCCACCCCCUCUCCCUCACCCUGGAAGCUGAUCCCACCCCUUCCCCCCAGCUCCCCCAGUCAGCUUCUUAACACUUUCAUAAUGUUAAGUUGCUAAGCAGCAAUGUUUGAUCUCCUUACCUGCAGGAUACACCUACUGUUGUUUACCCUGUCUGCCAGUUUCCCUUUCUACUCCCCAUUACAGCAGGACAGGACUGGGAUAGAGAGAGAGAGAGAGAGAGAGAGACCCUGAGUUCUUCUAGUCCUUAUCACAUGUGUCACUAGUGCUUAUGUUGUGCUAAAUCAGAGCAGGAAUUCAGCAUGACCAGGGCUGUGAAGCUGGGAGCUCAGCACCCGGGAUCGUGAUAGAAAAAGGACUGCAAACUGAGACUGUCCCAGGCAGAGACCCAAGGAGACGAAGAAUACAGAGAGAACGAUAGAGACGGAGUGACGGAAGAAGAGGAGGAGAGGGCUGGCUACAGUCAUGGAACAUGGCAACUUCACUACGGGUAAAUUCAAGGCCCCGGUUGCAGUGUAUUGUGGGAGCGUGCCCCAUGUAAAGCCGGGGUACAAACCAGUGCGGAGUGGCAGCCUUGACUCAAGCAUGCAUCUCUAUGGCAACGACUGGCGAGCUGUGGACAUGGAGCUGUUCCUGCCCAGGCUGAAGCCGCCGGUGUCAGAGAGGUGUGUGCAGAGCGGAGAGAGUCAGAAGGGAGUGCGCCACCUUGUGAGAGGGAGGCCCCACCAGAGGAGACUGUCGCUGCUGCCCAUCCCCAUCAGCUCUCGAACCCAGCACCCACUCUCCCAGCCUGAGUCACAAAAGCUUGACAAGACAGGGGCCAAGGCAAGCAGUGCUUCACUGGACUCUGACACCACCUGGAGCCAGAGGAAGACAAGAGGCUCGUUGGAGCCCGAUGGUGCAGGCACCCUGCCUCUCAGACCAGCCAAGGCUCGCUCCCCUUCUCAGAGACCCCUGAAUGGGUUCAAACCCAUCCCUCCUAUUGAACCCGGGUCAAAAAAAAACAGCCCUCCCAGCGAGUCAAUUUCCAAACCCAGUUCUCCUCACCCAGCCCUUCCAGAGAAUUCUAAACCCAUUCCCCCUAUUGAACCCAGCUCCACACCCAGCUCUCCCAGUGAGCCCAUCUCUAAUCCCUCUUCUGAACUUGGGUCCAAACCCACACCCAUCAUAAAGCUGUGUCCCGGCCCUGUGGUGAUGGACCGGGGAGGAGGGAAGGGGGGCAGUGCCAGUCUGUCUGGGGGUCCGGCAGAGAAACCCAGAGUGGGGGACUCCCAGGACAAACUAGAUGAGUCCCUUCCUUCUGGAACUCUCAGAAGGAGGAAGUCGCUGCUUCCGAUUCCCCUAUUGGGAGUUGCUCGCAGCCGCACGCCUUCCCCUCACCCUCCCAGCCAACCAGGACGCAGCCCAGAGGUGCGCGCAGACAGGAGGUUGUCCCCCGAGGGUGAGAGUGUUCCUCCCGCAGUGUCAGUCCGUCAGUAUCGGGGUGCAGGGGAGUGGAGUGCAGCUGUCGGAGUGUUGCCACCGGCCAGCACAGAGAGCGCCGGAACCAGCAAAGACAAGUCUAAGGAGUCCAUUGGAGUGACACAACCAGAUUUCACAACACAACCCCAGAACACUACACAAUCUAUACAAACUGAAUUCAAAAUACAACCCCUGAUAAAAAACCAAACAGAUGUCACAACAAUACCCCAGAUAAAAACACAAUCGGAGGUUACUACACAAACUGAUUACGAAAUACAACCCCAUAUCACAAUACAACCAGAGGUUACUUCACAAACCCAGAACACUACACAAUCAGAGGUUACUACACAAACUGAUUACGAAAUACAACCACAGAUCACAAUACAACCAGAGGUUACUUCACAAACCCAGAACACUACACAAUCAGAGGUUACUACACAAACUGAUUACAAAAUACAACCACAGAUCACAAUACAACCAGAGGUUACUUUACAACCCCAGAACACUACACAAACUGAUUACAAAAUACAACCUCAGAUCACAAUACAACCAGAGGUUAAUUCACAACCCCAGGUUGCUACACAAACCGAAUUUGUAACACAACCUCAGAUCCCAAUACAACACCAGGACACAGUGCAACCUCAAGUCAAAUCACUAUCAGAGGCAGCAACACAAACAGAAUUCUCAACACAACCCCAGCUCACAACCAUACCAGUGAUCACAAUACAAUCCCAAGCCACAGCACAACCCCAAAUGAACCCACAAUCAGAGGCUGCUACACAGCCUGAGAUCAGAACACAAUCGGAGGCCACAACACAACCCAAGAUCCCAACACAAGCUGACAUCGAGACCCUGCCAGAGCCUCUCUCUCUGAUCCCAGAGGGGCACGCGAUGCUGGAGCAGCAGGACUCCCUGGAGGAGGAGAUACACAUAUCCAUCUCCAAGUCUGCUCAGGCGAAGGUGCGUCAGAAGUGGAGGAAGGAGCUGGAGCUGCUGUGGAGAGAGAAAGAGAGAGAGCGAGCUCAGUGGAGGAGUGAAGCUGCUAGUGACAAUGACCUCCGCACUGACUCCAGCAUUGACCUUGACACAGUGGACAGCAGUGAACCUCAACCAGCUGCUGGAGUUGAGUCCCCAACCAGCACAGAGAGUCCCACAGACUCAGGGCAGCCAGCUGAACAGACACUUUCCUCAGAGCAGACCCAGCUCAGCCAGGGCCAGCAGGAUGAGGAAAAGGAUGAGGAGGAGAGCCACAAGAUUCACAUAUCCAUCUCCAAGUCUGCCCAGGAGAAGGUGCGUCAGAAGUGGAGGAAGCUGGAGCUGCUGCGGAGAGAGAAAGAGAGGGAGCGAGCUCAGUGGAGAAGUGAAGAUGACUGUGUCGAGCACCUCAGCAGUGACCCCAUCAAUGACCCCAUGCAUAAUGCUGUCACCGUGGACAGCAGCAAGCCUCCAUACGAGCUGGAAUAUGCCCCCCCACAGCGCCGCUCCAGCGUGGGCACAGUCCUGAGGAGACGGGCCAGCCGCCCCUCGCUGCCCACGGUCCACCAGCUGAGACGCCACUCUUCAGUAGUCCUGCCCUUGACCAGCUUACCCCAGGAACAAGAGGAGGAUUCGUACAAUGAAGAGACAAGACCCUUCUCCCGACCAGAGCAGCAGCUGAGUGCAGCGCUCAAAGCACUCGACGAUAAUGACUGGGAGGUGAAGAAGAGAGGGCUGUCCACUCUGCGCUGCCUGGCCUCCUGGCACCCCGAUACCCUGCUGCCCCGGCUCCACGACGUCUGUCUGAUGGUCACUCGAGAGGUGAAUAACCUGCGCUCCAAGGUGGCCCGCUCGGCGAUGCAGACGCUGGCGGAUGUGGCACGGGCAGUGGGGCGGAGCCUGGACCCCGAGCUGGAGGAAGUGACCCGUGUCCUUCUGCUGAGGGCAGGCGACACCAGCGAGUUCUUGCGGGAGCGAGCGGAGUGGGCAGUGGGGGUGCUGGUGGCGAGUGCCACGCCCAGCCGUAUGCUCGCUGCACUUAUUGCUGCGGGGGCCACGCAGCGCAAUGUGUUGGUGCGUCGCUGUGCCGCGGAGCACAUGCUGAUGGCGGUGGAGACGCUGGGGGCAGAGAGGCUGUUGGGGGGGCGCGAUGGCACGGAGCUCAUCGUACAGACCAUGGUGAAACUGGCACAGGAUGCACACCAGGACACCAGGUUUUAUGGGAGAAGGAUGGUGACCAUCCUGAUGUCUCACCCAGAGUCUGACCACUUCAUCCAGAAAUCACUCUCCACCCAUGACCUUCACUUCAUCCUGACCUCCAUCAAGCAGAAAGGGAAGAGGGACAGCGUUCCUGAACUGACACCUGUAAAGGGUCGAAGGUCAUCCAGGGCCAGCUUUUCCACCGUUGCUAAGGAAGUUAUGCUGCUUAACAGAAGGGAGAGUGCUCCGCAGCGUAGGGUCUCUGUGCACCCCCUGGAGCCGGCCCCUGCCCCCGGGGUCCUGGAUGAAACCCCUCCCCAUGGCGGGCUCCUACGCAAGGCUGUGGUGCGCAGUCUGGAGAACAUGGAGAAACUAAAGGAGCUACACAGACUACUCACCUCCCGCGACUUCCAGGAACGCAUGCAAGGGGUGUCCCUGCUCCUGCAGCUUGGCACAGACAACACCCAACUCAUUACAGCCAACAGUGUGAAGCUCCUCGACUGGUUCUUACCGAGGCUCCAGGACUCCAACAGGAAGGUGAACCUGCAGGCCCUGCAGACGGCCAGCGAGCUGGUCCCCCUGCUCAAGGACAGCCUGCACCCCAUCCUGUAUCCUCUAGCAACCGUCGUCAUUGACAACCUGAACUCCAAACACCCCGGAAUCUCCCCUGCAGCCCGCAACCUGCUCGACUCCCUCAUCACACACACUGACAAUGUGUUGCUGUUGCAGCUGUUGGCCAGCAGGGUGCAGUUCAUCAGUGGCAGAGCAACCCAUGAUGUAAUUGAGCGUCUGUCAGUCCUGGUGGCCUCGGUGUACCCGCGGAAGCCCCAGGCGGUGGAGCGCCACGUCUUGCCAGUGCUCUGGCACCUGCUUGGCAACAUGACGGGCAGUGGGGUCCUGCCGGGAGGGAAUGGGAACGUGCGGCCCGCAGUGGCACAGCUGGUCUGUAGCAUCCACCAGCACAUGGGGCCCGGGCUGCAAGAGAGUGGCUCCACACAGCCAGCGCAGGUCAGGAGGACACUGCAGGAGCUUAUCCAGACUGGAGAGGGGGAGGGUGGGGAAAGAGCUGUGGAAGAGGUGGGGGAGCCAGGGGAAGAACAGAGAGGAGAGGAUGGGCAGAGAGGAGAAAGGGGAGAUGAUGGAGGGGGGCAAAUAGGUCAGCAGCAUGAAAAUCUGUGAUCCAGACCUAGUUAAAUACAGAAAAAAUUAUUGCAGUGUACCAUGGUAACAGCACGGCUGAGUAGUGUGGUUAAAGCAUGGUAAACCGUGUUAAAGCACAGCGAAUGCAGAGCACUGUGGCAGUAUUUUAUACUGUAUGCGUCAAUGGUACAAAGAGCAUUUAUAUAUAUUUUUUAAAAUGUUGUGUCUUAAUGUACAGGAUAUAGAGGAUACUCCAUGAAGGUACUUGGAGUACUGUAGUUAUUCCACCAGUGAGGAUGGAGGAAUAACCGAGUGUACUGUCUAUCCUCCUGAGUGAAAUAACCACAGCACUCUAUGAACGUUACUCAAGUGAUUUGUUUAUAUAGCAAGUACAAAGUAUGGAAAAUAGAUUAUAUCUUACUCUAAAAUGAAACGACAGAAUUCAGGGCAUUACUUUAACUAAGAGCCUUAGAUCAAGCAUCUUCUUAACAGCAAAGCAAUAAUUUGGAACAGUUUGUCUGAGAUUUGCCCCGUCAUUCUGUUGUGGGACAUAAAUGAAAGGUAGAAUCCAAAAUGAGAUAAUGUUAAAAAAAAAAAAAAAAAAAAAAAAAAGUU